AUGCUCCGUGCUGUUCUAUUCUUCGUACUAUUCUUUGCUUUGUCCGGAUUUUUGGUUGUCGAAGGUCAACGAGUUUUUGAUAUGAUGGAUAAUGAGCCAAAACUCCCAUCCAGCGGCCCGUCCGCAUUCUACCAACGAAAAACCUACCUUCAACCGUUCUACCAGGCGCCAACUCAACUUUUCUGGCGACGUUCUGACUAA